AUUCAAAAACCAACUCAAAAACGACACACCGAAUCUCUCAAACCCCCUCCUCCUUUCUCUCCGAUUCCCUAAAACCCCCGGAGCUCCGAUCGCCGGACGACGGCGGCGCUGAAGCCAUCUCAUUCACCGAUGGACGUCCGAAGGCGAUCGGCGGGAGGAGCAGGCAGGCCGGUGAACGGGGCGGUGAAAAUGAAGGUCAAGAUGGUGGAUCAUCAUCAUCAUCAAAACGACGCCGCUAAGGCCUCAGACGCGUUGCCGCUGCCGCUUUACCUCACCAACGCCGUGUUCUUCACUCUCUUCUUCUCCGUCGUCUACUUCUUGCUCACUCGGUGGCGCGAGAAGAUCCGCACCUCCACUCCUCUCCACAUGGUCAAUCUCUCCGAGAUUGUUGCUAUUCUUGCCUUUGUCGCCUCCUUCAUCUAUCUCCUCGGCUUCUUCGGCAUCGAUUUCGUUCAGUCCCUGAUUCUCCGGCCCAGUAACGAUGUCUGGGCCGCCGAGGAUGAAGAGGAUGACAUCAUUCUCAAGGAGGAUGCUCGCACAGUGCCGUGCGGCCAGGCUCUUGAUUGCUCGGUUCCCAUAAUUGCGCCGCUGAAACCGGCUCUUAAAGUUGCACAGAAGGUGUUUGAUAAAGAGGUAGUGACCGAGACGGCACCGCCGAGUGCGGAGGACGAGGAGAUCAUCAAGGCUGUGGUGGCCGGAACCAUUCCCUCGUACUCACUCGAGACGAAGCUGGGAGAUUGCAAGAGGGCGGCUUCUAUUCGGCGCGAGGCUUUGCAAAGAGUUACAGGCAAGUCUCUUGAGGGUUUGCCUUUGGAGGGAUUCGAUUACGAGUCGAUUUUGGGCCAAUGCUGUGAAAUGCCAGUGGGCUAUGUCACCAUUCCUGUUGGGAUUGCCGGCCCUAUUAUGCUUGAUGGAAGAGAGUUUUCGAUCCCCAUGGCCACGACUGAAGGUUGCUUGGUGGCCAGUACCAACCGUGGCUGCAAAGCUAUUAACUUGUCUGGUGGAGCUUCCAGUGUGCUAUUGAAAGAUGGAAUGACUAGAGCACCUGUUGUGAGGUUCAACUCCGCUAAGAGAGCCGCUGAGUUGAAGUUCUUCAUGGAAGACCCCGAGAAUGCCGACACCAUAGCCACGCUUUUCAACAAAUCCAGCAGAUUCGGUAGACUUCAGUCAGUUAAGUGUGCUGUUGCUGGGAAGAACCUGUACAUGAGAUUCUGCUGCAGCACCGGUGAUGCUAUGGGGAUGAACAUGGUCUCUAAAGGUGUUCAAAAUGUUCUCGAUUUCCUCCAGGAUGACUUCCCCGACAUGGAUGUCAUUGGCAUUUCUGGUAACUACUGUUCAGACAAGAAGCCUGCCGCUGUCAACUGGAUCGAAGGCCGUGGCAAGUCAGUGGUCUGUGAGGCUUUGAUCAAGGGAGACAUAGUGACAAAGGUGCUAAAAACCAACGUUGCGGCUUUGGUGGAGCUUAACAUGCUCAAGAACCUUACCGGUUCCGCUAUUGCUGGUGCUCUUGGUGGUUUCAAUGCACAUGCCAGUAACAUUGUUUCAGCAGUCUAUCUUGCCACUGGUCAAGACCCUGCUCAGAACAUUGAGAGUUCUCACUGUAUCACCAUGAUGGAAGCCAUCAAUGAUGGCAAAGAUCUUCAUGUCUCUGUCACCAUGCCUUCUAUUGAGGUUGGUACCGUAGGAGGAGGGACCCAACUUGCAUCUCAGUCAGCAUGUUUGAACUUGCUUGGAGUGAAGGGUGCUAACAGAGAGGCACCAGGAGCGAACGCAAGGCAAUUGGCAAGUGUUGUAGCUGCUUCAGUUCUUGCUGCGGAGCUUUCUCUUAUGUCUGCUAUCGCUGCUGGUCAGCUCGUUAAUAGCCACAUGAGGUACAACAGAUCCAGCAGAGAUGUCUCAGCAAUGGUUUCUGCUUAAGAGCUACAAAACUCCAAAGUGCCUUUCAGGGUUCAAAAGCCUCCAGACUUGAUGGUGUAGAGCAGUUCAACAAAAUAACGUUAUAUAAAUGAACUGUCAAUUUGGCAUGGAGAGCUUAAUUUGGAUAAUAAUGAACAGACAAUACAUAGCAGGGCUAGUGAAGAAAGAGUGUACUAUUUGUUCUUUCUUUGUUUAACUCGUUUCCUUUAUUUAUUUUGAUGUCCGGUAAGAGACUUUGUUGAAAAUUUGUGUACAAUGAUGAUGAUGAAAAGGUUUAGUUUCACUUUUACCGCAGAAGUGUUAUACAUGGUGUUCAGUGCUUCAAUCUUAAUAUUUCUGGUCGUAAUUAAACAUGGCAUGUUACGUAGUUGCUGAUUCCCCUUUCUAUCAAUCAGAAUCUGAUCAUAUUAGUCUCCUUUCAUAAGUGAGUUGAAAGUUCUUGUGAUGCUUGCAGGUAAUAAUAGUAUGGGGAAGAACAAUUCAUGCUGGCCUUUGCAGUGAAUCUUAAUGAACUCAGCUCAUCAAAGUUUGUCUAUCUCUUCACAUUCACGAUGAGGCUGUAAUCGAGGAAAACGUUGAUAGUCUACAUUACUGGCUUCGGCAAUGGCUUGAUUCAUUCGUUUAACAGCUUUCGUGUUUUGAAUUUGUGUGGCUAUUCAAAAGUUCUCCAGUCUCCACCCAGGUGAGUCAUAAUUAAGAAUUGAAAAGUGGUGCAUACAACUUGUAGUUUGGGACUGAAAAAUGUCAGUUGUGGCUGGCUGCUACUACUGCAGGCGAGCAAAGUUGACUUGAUCAAAUCAUCAAAGCAGGUGUGCUAGCUUUCUUUUGGUUUACACCAUUUUAGACUAAUAUAUGUCUUUCUUUUGGCCAUGACGGCAACCACCAUUGAAGCAUUUCUUCCAUAUAUAAAAGAUUAUAUGUUGCAUUUUCUUGUAUGCGUGUUUUUGAUGUUACUUCCCUAUGCUAGGGACAACAAUUAGUCUUAAAUUGCUGUCUGAACAGAUAGUUCUAUAUGUUAUUCUGCUACAUGUUGAGUGCUUAAAGUCUAUUUAAGUCUAUUAUCAGCUUAUGGUGGUAGGUGAGAGUGGAAAGUUCAGCAAUUGGUACCUUGAUUCUAAACACAUGAAAUUAUGAAUGAUGCAGAAACACCAAGUCAUUCUCGUAGUUGCGGUAACAUGUCAAUC